ACGGGCGCCCACGCUCACUCCGCUGCCUCCUUUCGCCCUCCUCGGUACCUCACCCACCCCCCCCUCCCCGGGAAAGGAUGGUCCGGGCUUUCUCUCGCCGAGGCGUGAGAAGAUGAAGCCGCGGCGCGGCCUCCCCCCCCCGCCGCCGCCGCCGCCGGAGCGCGCUGCCCCGGCCGCGCUGAGGGGCCGCCGCCUUCCCGCCGCUCCCGCCGCCAGGUGAGGCCGGCGCGGCCCGGGGAGGCUUCGCGGAUCUCCCCCUGGCUCGGUCGGUUGACGUUCAAGCGGCUCCCAGCUCCCUCCCUCCCCUUCCCCUCCCUCCCCCCUGCAGGACCACAGGCUGCUGGAGCACUGAAUCGGGACAUUGUAUGCCGGAGCCUGGCUUGAAUCUCUGUACGGUCGUGUGUAUGUGGUUGCUGGAAGUGGCAGGCCAGCAGGCCCCGAAGCGAGCAGGUGCUAUCUAUAUGGAGAAAAGCGGCUGUAGCCCAUUCCCGAUAUGCUGGGCUAAAGAAUAUGACAGAUACCUAGCAUCUAGCAAAACCAUGGCAGCAGCUUAUCUUGAUCCAAACUUGAAUCAUACACCAAGUUCAAGUGCAAAGACACACCUCAGUACUGGGAUGGAGCGUUCCCCAGGGACCAUGGAACGAGUCUUAAAGGUUUUUCACUACUUUGAAAAUAGCAGUGAACCGACAACGUGGGCCAUCAUUAUCCGGCAUGGAGAUGCUACUGAUGUCCGAGGCAUAAUUCAGAAGAUUGUGGACAGUCACAAAGUGAAAAAUGUGGCCUGCUAUGGGUUACGGCUCAGUCAUCUGCAGUCUGAGGAGGUUCACUGGCUACACCUGGACAUGGGGGUGUCCAAUGUGAGAGAGAAAUUUGAACUAGCCCACCCUCCAGAAGAAUGGAAAUAUGAAUUGAGAAUUCGAUAUUUGCCAAAAGGAUUUCUAAACCAGUUCACUGAGGACAAACCAACUCUAAAUUUUUUCUAUCAGCAGGUGAAAAAUGACUAUAUGUUAGAAAUAGCAGAUCAAGUGGACCAGGAAAUUGCUUUGAAACUAGGUUGCCUUGAAAUCCGGAGAUCCUACGGAGAGAUGAGAGGCAAUGCAUUAGAAAAGAAGUCCAACUAUGAAGUGUUAGAGAAAGAUGUUGGAUUAAGACGUUUUUUUCCGAAGAGUUUACUAGAUUCGGUGAAGGCCAAAACACUACGAAAAUUAAUCCAACAAACAUUUCGACAGUUUGCCAACCUCAAUAGAGAAGAAAGUAUUUUGAAAUUCUUUGAGAUCCUCUCUCCAGUGUACAGAUUUGACAAGGAAUGCUUCAAGUGUGCUCUUGGUUCAAGCUGGAUUAUUUCAGUGGAAUUGGCAAUUGGCCCAGAAGAAGGAAUCAGUUACCUUACAGACAAGGGUGCAAAUCCAACUCAUCUAGCAGACUUCAACCAAGUGCAAACUAUUCAGUACUCAAACAGUGAAGACAAGGACAGAAAAGGGAUGUUGCAACUCAAGAUAGCAGGUGCACCUGAGCCUCUGACAGUGACAGCACCAUCCUUAACCAUUGCAGAGAAUAUGGCUGACUUGAUAGAUGGAUAUUGCCGACUGGUGAAUGGAGCUACGCAAUCUUUUAUUAUCAGGCCACAGAAAGAAGGUGAAAGAGCUUUACCAUCAAUACCAAAGCUGGCCAACAAUGAGAAGCAAGGAGUAAGGUCACACACAGUCUCUGUGUCAGGAAUCAAUCACUGUCAGCAUAAAGUAAAGAAAGCUAGACGCUUUCUCCCUUUCGUCUUCUGUUCCCAUGAGCCGCCGCCUAAGGAUGAAAUUAGUGGGGACGAGACAGAUGACUAUGCAGAGAUUAUAGAUGAGGAAGAUACUUAUACAAUGCCAUCAAAAAGCUAUGGAAUAGAUGAAGCCAGAGAUUAUGAAAUUCAAAGGGAGAGAAUUGAACUGGGGCGCUGCAUCGGUGAAGGACAGUUUGGAGAUGUACACCAAGGAGUUUACAUGAGUCCGAAUAAUCAGCAUGUAGAUCUGAUGUUUCAGGAAAAUCCAGCUAUGGCUGUUGCAAUCAAAACAUGUAAAAACUGCACCUCAGACAGUGUUAGAGAAAAAUUCUUACAAGAAGCCUUAACAAUGCGUCAGUUUGAUCAUCCUCACAUUGUGAAGCUCAUUGGAGUUAUUACAGAAAACCCAGUUUGGAUAAUCAUGGAGCUCUGUACACUUGGAGAGUUGAGAUCAUUUUUGCAAGUAAGAAAAUACAGUUUGGAUCUUGCCUCUCUGAUACUCUACGCUUACCAGCUUAGCACAGCACUUGCCUACUUAGAGAGCAAAAGAUUUGUACAUAGGGAUAUUGCUGCUAGAAAUGUGCUGGUGUCUGCCACUGACUGUGUGAAAUUAGGUGACUUUGGUUUAUCCCGAUACAUGGAAGACAGUACUUACUAUAAAGCUUCCAAAGGAAAAUUACCUAUCAAAUGGAUGGCUCCAGAGUCAAUCAACUUCCGACGGUUUACCUCAGCUAGUGAUGUGUGGAUGUUUGGUGUGUGUAUGUGGGAGAUUCUAAUGCACGGGGUAAAGCCCUUCCAGGGAGUGAAGAACAAUGAUGUGAUUGGGCGAAUUGAGAAUGGUGAGCGGCUCCCAAUGCCUCCAAACUGCCCUCCUACCCUCUACAGCCUUAUGACCAAGUGCUGGGCAUACGACCCUAGUAGACGACCCAGGUUUACCGAACUUAAAGCACAACUCAGUACAAUACUGGAGGAAGAGAAGCUGCAGCAAGAAGAACGAAUGAGAAUGGAAUCCAGGCGACAAGUCACAGUAUCCUGGGACUCAGGAGGAUCAGAUGAAGCUCCUCCCAAGCCCAGUAGGCCUGGUUACCCCAGUCCGAGAUCCAGUGAAGGGUUUUAUCCAAGUCCACAACAUAUGGUACAGCCAAAUCAUUACCAGGUGUCUGGCUACCCUGGUUCUCACGGGAUACCGGCCAUGGCAGGCAGCAUUUAUCCUGGGCAGGCUUCUCUCUUGGAUCAAGCAGAUUCCUGGAACCAUCGGCCUCAGGAAAUAUCAGUGUGGCAACCAAACAUGGAGGAUUCAGGCACUUUGGACAUAAGAGGAAUGGGGCAGGUUCUACCCACACAUCUCAUGGAGGAGAGAUUGAUACGACAACAGCAAGAGAUGGAAGAAGAUCAGCGUUGGCUGGAAAAAGAGGAACGAUUCUUGGAGAGAGAGUACCUUCUGUAUUUUAAUACGGAGUUUGACCCAAGAGGAGAAUCACCUGUAACCACAGAUAGGAAACCAGUGGUGGUGAUGAUGCCAUGAGAGAGCCUGCUGAACUGGUAGCUAGUUAGUUUGCUUCACAGAAGUUGUGGGAAAGCAACUGUGUCAUUCUGUCUUUUCAAGGUGACCUUUUAAGUUCAGUAGUGUAGUGAAGUUAGUGACUUUUAUGGUGUAACUUUUGGCACUGUCACUAACUAUCUCUGAACGUUUUGCAGAAUGCUUUUCUUCUUUUGGGCCUGUUUAAUCAUCUGCUUCCUCAUUUAUAUUUAGUUUCUGGUUUGAACCUUUCUUUUGUGGCUGUAUUGAUGGUAUGUGGUGUUGUUUUUAAUCAUAUAAAAUAAAGAUAUAUAUGUGCAAGCCUUUUCAUAACUCCUUAGCAGACAGAGCAGUGUUCUGCUAAGAAAUUUAUAGUCCUUUCCCGUGAUAGGUUAAGAAGAAAUAACUCGCAUAGCUUUCUUAUCAUGUUUGGGUUUGUUUUUUUCUGAAAUUCCCACAUAGUUGUGGUUUUGUCCUAUUUUGACACUGAGAAUUGCAAUUCAAAUAUAAUUGAUGUGACCUGUUGCUAAAAUAAGACUUUAAAUUUUAGCCUGAGAAAAUCCCACCAAGACAUUGCCAUUUGGCAUGUCCUGCGAAUGCCGAGACUUACAUGUUCUUUUAUUAGUGAGUGACCAUACUGGAAAUAAAGUAGAUUAUGUUCCAGUUUGUCAACAUAUGCAUCCUGUCUGAGAAGUCCUCAUGACAUUUCCAAAGAUUUUAGAUAGUAGACUAUUAGAAAAAAAAAAAAACAUUUACUUUUCAAGGGUGUUGAUUUUCUGCAAGACAAAUAUUUGAUAAAAUAUAGUUCCUCCCUGAAAUAUAUAUCUGUAAUUAAUAUAAUAAGUGGAAAAGACUUAGCUUAAACUUGCAUUUUAGUUUAGUACAGUUGGUGCGUUCAAAAAAAAAAGUUCAGAGCACUAUAGUUUGUGUGCUUGAGAGGUCCCAUCAUACUAUGGGUAUGAAACACAUCAGAAGAUGACUUGUCAUCACAGUCAGUCACUGUUUAGCUUCGAGGCUUGAAAAAUAUACUCACAUGUGGCAGCUUUUCCAGGUAAAGCUGAAAUCUCCAGUUUCCCGAAGGCUUCGUUUUCUGAAACAUUCUUGCUCUGCACAGGAGUGUUAAGCAGGGCCUUUGCAGAUGUACAGUCUUACUAGCUAUGUUCAGCUUGGGGGCUUCACAACCAAGUGGAUGUCUUGAGGGUUUCCCCCCUCCAACUCAUCUCCCUGUUGUAUGUACACUCUCAAGAGAGUCGUGCUCCGACGAGUGAAUUAAAGCUUUUACCGCUGUAGAAACACAAGAAUUGAUGCUAAAUAAUAUCUUAAAACACAGUAGGAGUUUGAUCUUAAAUAUCACCUUUACUGUAAAAUAGUUUGGUUUUUUAAAUUUCCACAGCUACACAAAUGAUGAAUAAAUCACAAUAUCAUUUACUAAAAUGGGAGUUGUUAGAAUUUAUUGGAACGCAGUCAAGUCACUAGAAAUAUAAUUGGGCUUCUUAGUCAUUGGACACAAAAGCGUGUUGAGUAUUUCUCUGUUGUUCCUUGUGUUCCCAACCAUCCAAGUUUUGAUGGGGCAGAAGGAGGAAAAUGUUUGGAGUUGAAAGGGCUUGCGUUCAUGUACUACUAAAGAUUUUCAUUCCUUAUUUCUAAGAAGUAAUUAUGCAGAUUGCUGAGAUGCAGCUGGGUUGUGUAGCUGUACAGACUGCUCCUGGACCCUCUGGUUUCACCCUCUGGUUUGGUGGUACCCGUUGGCACUUGAUAUCUUCGUUUUCAGAUCAGGUUCUUGGAGAUGCCUGGGUAACACCACUGUCUUCCAUGGCUUUGCUUGCAUGGAAAUAGCCAACAGGACUUGAUAUUUUUAUUGGCAAUGCGUGAAGCAAAUGUUUGUCAAGUUAAUAAUGUAAUUUAGACUGAAGCUAGGUGGUUUUAUACUGUUCAUGUACAUGAUGUCCUGAAGGCCACUCAUGCUGCACGUUUGCUGCUGGUGGUGACUUGGGUAAUUGAAUUGUUGCUGUGACAUGAGGUUGUAGAAUUGGGCACUUGGAGAGUUUAGAUGCUGAAAGGGAGAACCUUGUGAGUAAGACAAGGAGGGGAGGAGAUAUUAUUAUGUCUGUUAAUUUAACUUUCUUCUUAUACUACUAGAAAAAAAACUGUUGGUUAGGUUACUGUAUAUUUUUGUGCUUCUGAAUCUUUUAAAGUGCUCAAUAUUUCAUUAUCUUUAGAGUCUGGUUUACGGUGCAUUUCUGGAAUAAUAAAUUGUUAAAAAGUGCAAAGAGCAUUAAAGAUCCCUGUGAUAAAAGUCUUUGACUACAUCCAAAGACUUUGGGCACUUCCCUGGCUAGAAACAAACAUGAAACAAAGGCAAAUUGUGAGGAUCAGCGUAAUAGAAAUGUAUUUAGUCAUAUGCCUAGAUAAACAAGGAUAGUUACUUGCUUUAGUUUAAAAAAUAUGAGAAUGAUGACCUUAAGUAUCUAAUGUAUCUAAGAUACCCAUAUCAAGUGAGACUCUAAUUGGAAAAAAUCCUUCAUCAUAAUAAAGGAAAUAAACUGGAGACUCAUCAAUGGUAGGUUUCAUCAUAAGAUUUGUCACAAAUUCCUAGAGAAGCAUGGGGAAAUUGCUUGCUUGUGUCUGCUUCUGUUCUUCGUGUUUAAGAUGGGGUUAAAUAUUUCCCUGCCUAGUAUGAUUUGUCUAUUUUUAAUCUGCAAGUUCUUUCAGGCAGCGACUGUCUCAGGCUGUGCCUCAGUCUGCAGCAGACUGAAUGAAAAUCCAAAGUAUAAGCCCUUCUGACACACUACCAGCACAACUGGAAUAUUUUUAAUGAUAAAAGAUCAAUAAUAGUGUAUCUUUGCAAGUUCCAUCUAUCCUGCUGGCUUUUUAAGGUCAGUUAGCAGGAUUUGUGAGUUUGAAUUAUUCUUUAGUGCUUUUAGAAAGAAAGAAAAAAAGGAUCUGGAACAGCUUUAAACAAGAAAUGGAUAUAUUUGUCCCCCGAAACUGACCCUGAAAGAACGUGUGGUUAGUUGCAGUCAGUAUUCACAGCCUACAUUUCUCGAAAUAAAAAAUUUUCAUUAUCA